GUUAUCUUAUUCUCGCAGACGAAGAAGAAGCUGAUCGGACUCACCUCCGGAUUAUCGAUCCUGUGAUUGGUCUGUCCUGGCGCGUGCCGCUCCGCUCCGGUGAAGAUGGAGCAGAAAGCAGCGGCGGCGCGUCGCUGCAGGACUCGAGCCUUCAUCAGUGUGUGAACUCCAGAAAGCUUCUGUUGCUUUUUACGUUCUCCAGAGAGGACCCGCAGCCCGACAUGUUCUCCGAGGGGAGCGACUUCAACCUGACGUCCAGCCUGAACCUGUCCUCUCUGGAGCGGGACUGGAGCGACUCGGCGCUCGGGCGGCUGUCGCGCAGCGGUCACCGCGUGGUGUCGGUGUUUCUGGGCUCCAUCAUGGUGUUCGGUUUCCUCAACAACCUGCUGGUUCUGGUUCUGUUCUGCCGCUUCAAGACUCUGCGGACCCCGGUCAACAUGCUGCUGCUCAACAUCAGCGUCAGCGACAUGCUGGUGUGCGUCUGCGGCACGACGCUCAGCUUCGCCUCCAGCCUGCGGACGCGCUGGCUGUACGGCCGGCUCGGCUGCAUGUGGUACGGCUUCGUCAACUCCUGCUUCGGCAUCGUGUCUCUGAUCUCUCUGGCCGCCCUGUCCUACGACCGGUACAGCACCCUGAUGGUGUACAACAAGCAGGUCUCGGACUACAGGAAGCCACUGCUGGCGGUGGGGGGUGCGUGGCUGUACUCCCUGCUGUGGACGGUGCCCCCCCUGCUGGGCUGGAGCAGCUACGGCCCCGAGGGGGCCGGGACCAGCUGCUCGGUGACGUGGACGGAGAGGUCGUUCGGCUCUCACUCGUACAUCAUCUGUCUGUUCGUCUUCUGUCUGGGCCUCCCCGUCCUCGUCAUGGUCUACUGCUACGGCCGCCUGCUCUACGCCGUCAAACAGGUGGGUCGUAUCAGGCACACGGCAGCUCGUCGCAGAGAUUUUCACAUCCUGUUCAUGGUCAUCACCACGGUGGUGUGUUACCUGGUCUGCUGGAUGCCGUACGGCGUCGUUGCCAUGAUGGCCACCUUUGGACGGCCAGGGAUCAUCAGCCCCGUGGCCAGCGUCGUCCCGUCGCUCCUCGCCAAGAGCAGCACCGUCAUUAACCCCGUCAUCUACAUCCUGAUGAACAAACAGUUCUACCGCUGCUUCCUGAUCCUGUUCCACUGUAAACACCAGACAUCGGAGAACGUUCAGUCCUCCAUGCCCUCCAGGACCACCGUGGUCCAGCUCAACCGCAGAGUGUGUGACAGCAGCCCAGCGGCCACCGGCCUGGCGGUGCUCACCGGACCUGGUACAAUCCACACGGAUGGAACCCCGUGUCCAACAGAACCGACGCCACUGAGCCACCUGAACCCUCCUUAUCCUGAAUCCUCCUCCUGAGACAUGUGAUUGGACUAGAAACCCAAGGGGUGGGGCACAGUCCCGCCCCCACCUGUGUUGUGUGUGACAGUGGCUCCGCCUCCUGGAAACUCUUGAUGUCACCCCAGGUGUGACCCCAGUGUGUUGGUGCAGUGAUCGUAUCACCUGAAAACCUCGAGGCUGUGAUGCUCAACCAGCUGAGGUAUGGAGGACAAACUGUGUCGCUUUCAAACUUCACUGUUUAGUAACUUGUAGGUGUAAACGGACAAGUGUAAAAUACUUGAUUAUUAAGAGUAUUACAUCAGUGUACAUGUAAUUAACAGAGAAUUACACACUAAUCUAUUGCUGGGGCAAUUCGUCGACGUAAUUGAUUACAUAAUCGCUGUAUCCGGUGUGGGAUUCUCCCGGACAAGUUCCAGCUACAAGACGGCGCCUUCGACCGUCUAAAGUUUGGAGUAUUUCAGACAGACACUCAACAACGUGCUGCUCCGUGAGCUCUGAACAGGAAACAGCUUCACUGCAGCACAGCUGCUGUCCACGAACACGUGAAACAUACGCCGCAGCACUUUGUCUAGACGGCAGCACCGCAAAUCGUGUUUCCUUUCUGUCGCCACACGAGCACGAGGACAUCAUCAGCACAAGGACACGUAGUGUUUCUUCAUUGCCUUCAUGUUAAAAGUAAUUUCUGCCCCGCUGCGGUCAUGGUAACGUAACGUUACACCGCGAGUCA